AUGGGAGAAAAAAAAGCCACCCCUCAAUCUUGAGCUGUUCCCAAUUCUUCAAACUCACCAAAAACAGUACCACAAUUCAAAACUAACUAAAAACCCAACAGACUCUCUCUCUCUCUCUCUCUCUCUCCCUUCCAUGAUGGAUUUCAGAUCCAAAUCAUGUAGGGAUGGCAGGAUGAUGAGGACAGAGAGCUACUCCUACUAUGGAAACAGGCCAGCAGGCCCACCAACUGGAAUGCGUGAUCUGAGGAGUUACAGUACUAAUUCCUAUGCCGCCCCCAAACUACCACCAGCCCAAUUGGACAAGGAAUUGAAGAUCAAGAAAGGGAAGGUCAAUAAUGGAAUUGGAUCACCAAGUUCAAAGAAUUGGAGUUUGAUGAACGAUCCAGAGUUUCAGAGGAAGAAAAGGGUUGCUAGCUAUAAAGCCUAUGCUGUGGAAGGUAAGAUGAAGGGUUCUUUUAAGAAGAGCUUCAGAUGGAUCAAGGACACUUGUAACCAAGUGGUCCAUGGCUGGUGGUGAUGAAUAUCUUUGUUUCCUCUUAAAAAGGAAAAAGAAAAAAGAAAAAAGAAAGAGAAUAUUUUUGUUUGUUUGUUGUUUAGAUUUAUGUUUUGUGUCUUGCUAUAUGAACUUAUGUAUGUAUGUAUGCAUGUAUGUUUUUGACGGAGGAUUGAGUUAAUGAAAAUGGCAUUUUCAGCCUUCUAUGGUCAA